UUUGCUCCGACAGACCCCAUAGGCUCAGUCGGGGCUCUGUAGUGUCAUGCCCCGGAGCCCCCGGACCGCGCCGAGCUGGGCGCUGUUGCUGCGGCUGUUGGCACUGCUGCGUCCGCCAGGGCUGGGCGAGGCGUGCAGCUGCGCCCCCGCGCACCCCCAGCAGCACAUCUGCCACUCGGCGCUGGCAAUCCGGGCCAAAAUUUCCAGUGAGAAGGUAGUUCCUGCCAGUGCAGACCCUGCUGACACUCAAAAAAUGAUCCGGUAUGAAAUCAAACAGAUAAAGAUGUUUAAAGGGUUUGAGAAAGUCAAGGAUGUUCAUUAUAUCUAUACACCUUUUGAUUCCUCCCUCUGUGGUGUGCAACUAGAAGCCAACAGCCAGAAGCAGUAUCUCUUGACUGGUCAGGUCCUCAAUGACGGAAAAGUCUUCAUGCAUCUGUGCAACUACAUUGAGCCCUGGGAGAACCUGUCCUUUUUGCAGAAAGAAAGUCUGAAUCACCACUACCUUCUGAACUGUGGCUGCCAAAUCACCACCUGCUAUACAGUGCCCUGUACCACCUCGGCCCCGAACGAGUGCCUCUGGACAGACUGGCUGUCGGAACGGAAGCUCUAUGGGUACCAGGCCCAGCAUUACGUCUGCAUGAAGCAUGCUGAUGGCACCUGCAGUUGGUACCAGGGCCACCUGCCCCUCAGGAAGGAGUUUAUUGACAUCAUCCAGCCCUAGUAGGGACCAGUGACCACCACAUUCCUUCAAGAGUCCUGAAGACCAAGCCAGUUCUUCCCUGCAGAGCUCUGGCUGUCACCAUCUGCCUCAUCACUGCCAGCCAAUGGGAAGUACCAAGUAGACAGUCUGGCUAGCGUUAGGGCAGGGAUGGGGCAUGUUACAGCUUGUGUCCAAGACCCUAGUCCAGAACCUGUCAAGGGCUAGGGAAAGAAGCAUGACUUUUCUACUCUGGCCUCAGCCCUUCACCCUGCCUCCCAAACCCUUUAGAUGAGCUGGCACCUGUUACUGAAAGUUUUGAUUCUGGCUUGGUUUGUCUCCCAAAGCCAGAACUAUUCCCUUUUCUCCCCAGGAAAAUGUGUUUUCUCUUACCUUAACUGAUCUGAUAGGGGAGAAAUGGUGAAUAUUAUACAUAUGAGAUAGUGUAGCCUUGUGAUGCACAAUACUAGAAGGUGGGUUGACAGUAUCAUAAACAGGCUGAUUUGGAGGAAUGACAAGAACAACAUACUACGGCUGUGUAUCCUCUACUCCUGUCUCAACUCAUCCUAACCCUCUCGUACACUUUCAUCUGUAAGAGUGACUUGAGGGGUAUGGUGUCACUCAGUGUGAGACCUACAAUGGCCUAACCUCCCUCUACAUACUGUAAUGCCCUGUAUACUAUUCCUGGAAGAGGGUCCGGCCCAGUUAGCACACCUUUUUGGACAAGAAUAGACUUAGGUAUUGUCUCUCCAGGUUAACUAUCCUUAAUGCCAUCAACUGAUGUCCAUAAGGCUUCUCUUCUGAUUCUUUUAGAAAGUCUUUCUCUACUAGAUUACUAAUGUCUUGAUUCCUACUUCAGAACUUUUUUUUUUUAAGCCAAAAAACCCUUUCUCUUGUAGAGCUGAAAUUCCCCUUUAGCUUUUGACACCUCGGAGAGAUCCUAGGAGGUCUUCUCUCUAGGGUAAAUUUUAGGAUAGAGGACAGGUGAGAAAUAACACAAGGGCCUUUGGGGGAAAAGGAUAGUAGAUGGAGAAUAUACUUUGCAAUUGUUACAGCUUUUUUCAGUGGUCAGCUCUGCUAGAUAUUACAGCAGGAAAAAGCCACCUUCGCUCCCUGUCCUCCCUUCAGCUCAGUCCCCUCACCACUGUGUCUUGGACUCCCUGAGAACUCCAAGCACAGACCCCCUUACGGUUCCUCAGCCUCUGCAAGGCUUCCUGGCUUGCUCUGAAAGGGAAAGCCCUGAUGUUGGUCUUAAGGAUUUAUUAAGGCCAAGGGCUUAAUAUUCCAGAGCCUCUCCCUGGGGAAGCUCUGGCAAAGAUGAAGGAGGUAGUUCUUUUCAAGGCCCAAGGUUGUUAUUCAUCUUCUAUGUAUGGUUUGCUGAUAAGCAGGGACAUGUACAAUACGCCAGAAGAAGCCUCUUGAUUCACAGAAAUGGUGCAAAUGGAGAUCCCUUUCGGAGAAGGGAGUGGGAGGGGGAACAAAUAUGAUCUCUGUCCCAGGGUACAACACUUGAAAUGCUAUGGCACAGUCUCCAUUUGUGGGUCAAGCAGGAUUACCAACAGACCACACAGGCCUGGAGCAGAUGAUGUGGGGACAGAGACGAAGAAGGGGGUUGAGCUUGAGGUCUCUAUGAAGGAAAAACGUUAGCAAUAGCCUCUGUACCAACCAACUAUGCCAUCUCUCUGACCCUUCUGAUAUCCUAGGAUGGCCUCAGAGAAGGCAUACUGUUAACCCAGUCUUACCACAAUCUUGAGGAAGCCAAAGGAAGGAAGGGUCUGGUGAAUAAUAACAGGAACGACACAUUACACCUGAGGAGUGCUUCACACUUUUCCAGAAGGCUAUUACUUAAAGAAUCUCGCUUAAAUUUUGUAAGUACCAUAUUAGAUAUCCUGGUCAGGAAUAAUUUUGCCCAUCUGACUUUCCAAUUGGGAAACUGACACGCAGUGAGGGAAUAUAACUAGUCCAAUGACAUGUGGCAGAGUCAGGGUUAGAACCCAAAGCAGUGGGAUCUUCUGAUUGUUGAUCCAUAGGUUUGUUACUUUCUCAGCUUGAGAAACUGCUCUUGUUUCUGCUCUUCCCUAUUCUGUCUCCACAUUUUGGAGACAAGGGGCUAUCAGCUAAAAUCCAGCAACUCUGGCCCCACAAAUCAGGUCAGCCCCAAUAUAAUCUCUGGAGUUGAGAUGCUGAAGCCCUCCUCAGAGCCCCAUAGUCACCAUGUGGCUAAGCUCAGAGUGGAAACAGCAGAGAGACUAAAGUCCCCACUUGAUCACCUACCAUCUCUUUGUGGUUGGGGUAGUAUGUUUGCUCAAUGAGUGGGAACUUUUCGCCUCCCAAUGUCUUGUAGAUGGCCACCAGCUGGGCAAACUGCAAAAGAAAAGCAAAUAUUUCAGCUUAUCUAGACAACUUCUGGAACAAACAGACAAAACAUCAAUCUGUCAAACAAAUAUUUGUCGAGCAUUUGCUCUGUUGAGGGCUUUGUGCAAUGUGUUCUGAGAAUAUAAAAGAGGUGUACAAUUCCUGUUCUCAAGGAACAUAUGCUUUAGUUGGGGAAGGGAGAGAGCGAGCUAACAUUCAUUCAGUACCUACUCAAUUUUAAUGAUAUUUCAUUCAAUCUUCAGAUCAAAUUGAUAAAUUAUGUACUUUAUCAAUUUCAUUUUACAUAUGAGGCUCAGAGAGGGUGGGACAGUUGCCUCAAGUUGCAGGGCUGCAAAGAAGUGAAGCUGGUAUUGAAAUUUGGGUCUUUAACCCUAAACACCUGCAUCUCUAGAAAUGACAAGCGAUGAAACUGGAUAGUACCAUGUGGGCAAGUCUUGGAAGUUCAAAUUUCAGGCAAAGGAAUGGUAGCUUUGUCCUAUAGGCAGCAUGGAGUCACCAGUGUUUGAGCAGGGGGUUCACAAAUGAAGCUGUUCUUCAGGAAGAUUUUGAUGGUCAUGGUAUGCAGGAUAGACAGACCCAGUCUUUCUGAGACUUACUACUCAUCUAAGAACUGAACUCACUGGACCCUUCACCUAUGAGAAACCAGAACAGCUCCAUGAGGAAGAGGUGAAGUACACAUACUUACAGUAUCAGGAUUGAAAGGCCUUUGGCAAACAUCUAGUACCUCCUGCCACCCCCUCCUUUUUUAAGUGAAGAAACUGAGGCCCAGAGAGGUCAUUUGCCCAAGGUCACACAGUAGUUGAGCCAGAUUCAUAGCCAGGCCCUUUUAUUCCCAAUCUAUAACUCUUCCUACUCCUUCAAGUAACUGCCUUUCAGGCUCUGCAGAGACCAUGCUGUUUCCACAGGAAACAAACAGGACUUUCCUGCUCAAUCCAUUCACACACACACCCACACACCCAUCUUCAGUGCACUGGCAGCAGGGGCAAUCCAGCAUCAUCCUGCUAGUGCUACUGGGUUAGUUUACACUCUCAGCCACCGAUAUCUGGAACUGCUAGAAGGAAAAGUUGUCAGAUCAAACCUGCCUUCUAUUUAUCAGAGAAAGGAAAGCUAGAACAUUUUUCAAAAGCUCAGGUCCUACUCUCCAUAAGGGAUGUUGGCACAUGAGCCAGUAGGGAGAGAGGUGGGUGUGGAGUAGUAAAAGCUCAGAACUGAGUUGUCAGAAAACUGGAGUCUUCUCAGGCUUGUUCUGCCUCUAACUUGCUAGGUGUCCUUGAGCAAAUGAUUUCUCCUCUCUAGGUCUCAUUUUCUUCAUAUAUAACAUGAGAGAGUUGAAUUUGAUUAGUUCCUCAAACUUUUUACCACAAAGAACAUUUUUUAUUAUAUUUCCUCCCAAACUCCAUUAUCAAACUGCAGUUUAAGUGAUCAUCUGUUGUGAUCCUUUUGUAGGUAAAGACAGAAUUUUGUUAUUUUUGAAAUGCUGGAAAACAUUGGAAUUUCUGGGUCACUUCCCUUAGUGACACAUGGUUGGUGACUCUAGAUCUCUAAUGCCUCCACCAGGACUGAAAGUAUGAUUCAUGGACUCUCAAGCCCCUAGGAUUUUAUUAUUGAAGGAGACAUUAGAGAGCUCUAGACCAGACAUCUCAUUUUACAAAUGAGGAGACUGAGGCUGGAAAAGCGAAGGAAAACACAGGCUCCCAGAUUAUGCCUGGAUUUGGGGCUGCACUGGGGCAGCACCCAGGUCAUUUCUUGCCCAGUGCAUUCUCCAUUACACCCUGCUGUCUUCACCAUUCUAUGGUUCUUCAACUUGCUUUGACUAUCACAACCAACCCCUCAGACCUUUCCUGCCUUCUCUGAUUUUCUCCACCACCUCAUCUGACCUUUAAGUCUUGCCUGCCCACCUCGGCCUGGCUGGAUUCCUGCUCUGCCUCUGGAUACCUGCCUGAGCUCCCAGAGCUCUCCAGCAUCCCUGGGGAGCUGAUGCCAGCUCUGCCUAACAACCUCUGUCCUGCUGCUGCCCACGCCCUGGCAUGGCACGAAGGCAUGUGGGGCCCUAUCUUCCCAGCAUGUGGGAGACUUACACAGACACCACAGUGAUGCCAGGAAGGCCCAUGGCGGACUCUCAGUGAGUCCUGGGACAGCCAAGACUAAAAUGGCAGCCAGUUCCCAGGCACUAGUUGGGUCCCUGGGAGCCCACCCCACCCUCUUCCACCUUACCUCCAGCAGUCCCUGUCUGCUCAAGGUACUGGGCUUGGCAUCUAUCCCCUGCCUCUUUGGAAACUUAGAUUAAGUCACAAGCACACAGUUACCAAUUAAACAAAUGUAAUAUCUGAUAAGGGCUAUUUCCUCUAUGCAUAGACAAAAGAAUAGAUUUGGGAGCUGGGGGUGGUAUUGGCAAUGAAUAGGAAGAUAAUGUUCAUUAUAACCACUUAUCCAACGAAUCAGGAAAGACUUUUAGAAGAAAUGGGAUUUCAAGAUCAGUCUGAAUUUAAUAUGUUAUCUUUAUCCCUCCUUGAAAUAAAAUGCUUU